AUGGAACCCUUUCGGUCUCAGAGGAAAUUGAUCGUCAACGACGUCGUCUCGACCCUCCCUCUCUACCGCUCUGCUCCCGCCCUUGAAGUUCGUCUCGAAGAGUUCGAGCUUUUCGCCCUCGAUCGCCUCCGAGUGCUUAAAGGGAUUUCUGAUGCAUUAUCACGAGGAAGGAAACCUGAAGAAAUGGAGAAAUUGGCAAUUGAUCUAUGGAAGACAAAUAUGAGGCAUCCUCAGGCAUCCGAGGUCAUCAACAAGGACAUAAUAUCACACUUUGUUCUGCGUCUAGUUUAUUGCAGAACGGAGGACCUGAGGAAAUGGUUUCUUUCCAUGGAGACUGCCCUAUUUCGUUACCGGUUUAAACAGGAAAAGCAAGAAGCUCAGAGGGCACUCAUGGCAGAAUUUGAUCUUCCAUACAAGGCAGUUAGUAGUUCAGAAUUUGAGAGUGUAAAAGAGAAAUUGGUCCUGGUUUCACGUUCCCUUGGUCAAUCUUCACCAACUGCUGAUGACAUCUUCUUCAAGGUACCAUUUGAAGAAGUUCCAGAACUUGUAGCUGGUCGUAGAGUGUUCAUCAGUAAGGGGCAUGCAUAUAUAGCUAUGAGUCAGGUGGUUUCCCUUGUUGCCACACAAUUCCGCAGUCAUCUGUCAAAGGCGCUUAUUUUGACAAACAGAAAAUGGACUACAACUAUAGCAGAACAAGAGAAGGAUCGGUUGACUCCGAUUGUUGAAGCCCUAUCCUCAAGUUACCUGGGACCUGACUAUUCUCAGCCAAAAGAAUUUGCUCUGAUUUCCUUAAAAGACAUUGAUGAUGUAGCUAAGAGCUCCUUUCCUCUGUGCAUGCGUCACCUGUUUGAAAAGUUGAGAGAGGAUCAUCAUUUAAAGCAUGGAGGUAGAAUGCAACUAGGUCUCUUCCUCAAGGGUGUUGGCUUGAAGCUGGAUGAUGCCCUUGCGUUUUGGAAAGCUGAGUUCUCGCGAAAGGUUGGUGCUGAAAGGUUUGACAAAGAAUAUUCAUAUGGCAUACGCCACAAUUACGGAAGAGAAGGGAAAAGAACGGAUUACACACCUUAUUCCUGUCAAAAAAUCAUCUCUUCUACUCCUGGUGUAGGAGAUCAUCAUGGAUGCCCGUAUCGAAAUUUCAAUGAAGAGAAUUUGAGAGCAGCUCUCAAUAAAAUGGGAGUUACUGGCCGUGCAGUUGGAGAUGUCAUGGACAAAGUGCGAAACAGACAUUAUCAGCUGGCAUGCACCUUGACGUUUGAAGCUGUUCAUGGGUCAUCAUGCGAUGCUGGGAUUAACCAUCCAAAUCAAUACUUUUCUGACAGCCAAAAGAUUAUGCAGUCCAAGGGUGAAGUUGUACCACGCGCUUAUCCAAAUUAUUCUCUUGCAGAACCAGUCUGCAGCUUAAGGAGAGCUUUUGGGCAUUGUCAUUUCAGACAGAGAGCAUCGAGCCAAAGUGGACCCAAAAUUUUGAUUGUUCUAUCCACAUCUUUCCACUCAAGGAAAGCCUUUAAACAUCACCUGGAUCAGAUUAAACGUAAUCUUGUUGACGAGAAAGGGGUUGGUUCUAUUCUAGCAAGUGUUGCAAACAUGGCUCCAGCACAAAUUUGGUGUAUAGGUUUGAUUGAUCAGACUGACUAA